UUGGGCUCUCUGAGCUCCCUGAGUUCUCAGGGGCUGGCUGUAGGGCUGGGUUACACCUCUCUCAUUCCUCUCCUCAGGUCCCUGCCACUGUGUUUUUCUUCCCUGUCCUGGGCAGCACACACACUCACAUACACACACCUUUCUUUUCCCUGGAUCCACCAUCCUGGGCUGAGAAGCCAGGAGAGAGGGUGGCAAGGUUAGGAGGAACCGCUGGGACGAUUGGUUUUUGAAUAGCGAUUCUUCACCAUGGCUAGAUUCUUCAUCAUCUUCAGAAGCUUGGUCCUGUUGCAGGCACUCUGCUUGGCCUUAUCGCAAGUGACCGGUCCACCCGGACCGCAGGGCCCCCUUGGUCCCGCUGGUCCCGCUGGAACUCCCGGCGCUGACGGCAUUGAUGGAGAAAAGGGCCCUCCUGGACCACCUGGACCACCAGGUCAAAAGGGAGAUCCAGGUGAGCCUGGUCCUGAUGGAUCUCCAGGGGAGGAUGGUAUUGAUGGUUUGAUUGGGGCUAAGGGUGAGAGGGGCCCUCGUGGUAAUCCUGGACCAAAGGGUCAGCCAGGGCCUAGUGGACCACCAGGGCGAACUGGACCUGGACUGCCUGGACUUCCUGGAGCAGCAGGCCCCAUUGGGUUUCCUGGACAAAUUGGGUCUACUGGGUCAAAGGGUGUCAUGGGAAGUCCUGGACCUCCAGGAUUACCCGGACCUCCAGGAAAGCCAGGUCCACCAGGAAAGUUUUUGGGUUUAGAGGAAGGCAGUGCUGACUUCCAGUGUCCAACCAACUGUCCACCUGGGCCAAAAGGUCCUCAGGGCCUACAUGGAGUGAAGGGACAUAAAGGUCGCGCUGGGGUAUUGGGAGAUCCAGGUAGCAUCGGAAGAGUGGGAACAAAGGGUGGAGUCGGCAUCUCCGGUGAACAAGGAAUACCAGGCCCUCCAGGUCCACAUGGUCUGAGAGGGUAUCCAGGAAUGGUGGGGCCCAAAGGUGAGACGGGACCACGUGGUUAUAAAGGAAUUUCAGGACCGAUCGGCAUCCCUGGACGCCCUGGUGAAGAGGGACCCCAAGGACCACCUGGAGAGUCUGGUGACAAAGGCGACAUGGGAGAGAGUGGUAUACGAGGGCCUCAGGGAGUGGUCGGAAAGAAGGGAGAGAACGGUCUUCCAGGAAUUGAUGGAAAAGAUGGUACUCCUGGCAUCCCAGGAAUAAAGGGUGCUACGGGACAAAAUGGAAGACCUGGAGCUCCUGGUCUCCAGGGAGACCCUGGUUUGCCUGGUAUGCCUGGAGCCAAGGGUGAAAUGGGAGUUAAGGGUGAGACAGGACCCCGGGGCUUUAUGGGAAUGCAAGGUCUUCCAGGACCUCAAGGAGAGCCUGGUCCUCCAGGUGAACCUGGCAUGGAGGGAGUCCCAGGACCAAAGGGUGACAGGGGCGAAAGAGGACCAGUUGGGUCUCCUGGUAUUGUUGGCUUGCCUGGCAGUAAGGGAGAGAGGGGACCCAUGGGCAUCCCAGGUGCUCAGGGUCUACCUGGAACUAAGGGAGAAAAGGGAUUCCAAGGCAAAGUGGGAUCAAAGGGAGACGUUGGUGAUCCUGGUGUAGAGGGAUUGGCUGGAGAGAAAGGAGAGAAGGGACAAUCUGGGGAGCCCGGACCUAAGGGACAGCUAGGUGUGACUGGUGAUCCAGGGCACAACGGCCCUACUGGAGAUCCCGGUAAACCAGGAGACCAGGGUCCUUCAGGCUUACCUGGUUCACGUGGCCUGCAUGGAGAAAGAGGAGUUCCAGGGAUGCCAGGAAUACAAGGACCAUCUGGUCGUGAUGCUACAGAUCAACACAUCGUUGACGUAGUCCUGAAGAUGCUGCAAGAGAAGUUAGCAGCGGUAGCGGUGAGCUCCAAGAGAGCGGUGCUGGGUGGAGCAGGUGUGAUGGGACCUCCAGGUCCUCCAGGACCACCUGGAUCUCCAGGACCUCAGGGUCCUCAUGGACUGCCAGGCGGCCGUGGCAUUCCUGGCAUGAUCGGGGCCUCAGGCCAGAUAGGAAACACUGGUCUUAAAGGAAAGAGGGGUGCAAAGGGAGAGAGAGGAGAUCCUGGCCGACCACAUCCUGGCCAACCGGGACCACCUGGACUGCCAGGUCCUCCAGGUCUUGACGGUGUGGCACGUGAUGGUAGGCCAGGCGAGCGAGGACCACAUGGUGUAGCGGGUGAGCCAGGCCGCCCUGGAAAAGCUGGUCCUCCUGGACUUCCUGGAUUUUGUGAAGCAGCUGCAUGUUUGGCAGCCUCCGCCUACACUUCUCCCAGACUACAAGAGGCGGGAACAGUCAAGGGCCCAUCCACUUAAAUCAAGCCCUCUACUGGGGCAUAAGAACAUCUUGGAGAGAGAGUCAGAAAGAAACAAUGAAAAGGGGAAGAAGCAUGGAAAGAGAGGCACACGGGCCUUUUCUUCAUUGGACACCUUGUGAGGGGGGACGGAACAGCCGCUGUCUGAUAUUGUGAAUUUUUUGUAUGCAUUAGGAUUGUUUAUGAAUGAUUUGACAUUUGAAAGGAAGUUUUAAGUUGGCAAUGUUAGCCGCUGCUGCUCUGUCCCACCUCACAGUACAGAGAGAUGUGAGAACAUUGCUAGUGACAUCACUGAUGACAUCAUCAUCAUGCGCCCUGGACUAGAAGAACUGUGAGAAUGAGGUUCAAACAAAGGUGCUGUUUUUUUAUUUUUUUAAACUGUUAUUUGUUUUAUGAAUCUGAUCCAAACUUCUAAAAGAUAAAGGAUGAUGGUGAGAUUUUUACAUGCCAGGAAAUUCCCCUAUAAUUGAACCAAUAAAAAAAAUAUUUAAAGCUACUUUAUUAAUAGAUUCAUUUACCUUGUGCUUCAGUGAUCAGCUUCCCUGGCUCGAGAGGAUACCUCGUGUACAUUAUGCCCCUGUUUGUAUUGUGCCUGUCUGCACCAUGAAUCAAUGCCUUUGAUCUGCUCUUCUAGGUGAGAUGGCAACAUGCUCCCAUUAACUUUAUCCUCGAUUCCAUGCUGUAAAUCUUUGUAAAUGUGUAUUAAUUUUGUAUGGACAGAGUGGGUUUAGAAUAUAAAACUGAUACAAAGUUAACAAUUCAGCAUUCAGGAUUAAACUCCAAACAAUGCUCAGACUUUCCGGAAUUUUGAAAUACAAACCUGCCACUUCCAAGAUACUGUGUGUUAUGUACUUAGAGAAGAACUGGUUAUCUUCAUUAACAGACUAUUUAUUGUUCUUUUUUUGGUUCGUCUGUAAACAUUCAAGUUUUCUUGCCUGGUUGUUCAGAUUUACCCCAAUCAAUAAAAAGGAACGUUUUGUAAAACUCAAUGUUCUUCUGUAUCGUGAACAUCUGAGAGGAGCAACGGUUUUAACUUUUGAAGAACUUACUUUCUCUCUUCUGGA